AUGGCGCACAACUAUGAUAUUGGGACGAAGGCAUGGCAGCCAGAUGCCACCGAAGGUUGGGUGGCCUCCGAGGUAACCUCGAAAUCUGCAGAGGGGGAUAAAAUCAUCCUCAUUUUCACCCUGGCGAACGGCGAGACUAAGAAAGUUGAGACCACUGAGGAGGAACUGGCGGAGGCUAACAACUCGAGACUGCCUCCGCUGAUGAAUCCUACAAUGCUCGAAGCAAGCGAUGAUCUCACGAACCUCUCACAUUUAAAUGAACCUGCUGUUCUCCAGGCAAUUCGGUUACGGUACUCACAAAAGGAAAUCUACACGUACAGUGGUAUAGUCCUAAUAGCCACGAAUCCUUUUGCACGAGUCGACUCUUUAUACGUUCCGGGUAUGGUACAAGUUUAUGCGGGAAAACAGAGAGCGACACAAGCACCCCAUCUCUUUGCUAUUGCGGAAGAAGCUUUUGCUGAUAUGCUACGGAGUGGGAAGAACCAGACCGUCGUCGUUUCAGGAGAGUCCGGUGCUGGGAAGACUGUCAGCGCCAAAUACAUCAUGCGAUAUUUUGCAACUAGAGAGUCGCCCGAUCAGCCAGGGACAAGGAAACGUGGAGUGGAGGCUAUGAGUGAGACGGAAGAGCAGAUUCUUGCUACCAAUCCCAUCAUGGAGGCGUUCGGAAACGCAAAAACUACACGAAACGACAAUUCUUCCCGCUUCGGAAAGUACAUCGAGAUCAUGUUUGAUGAUAAGACAGCUAUCAUUGGGGCCAAGAUUCGCACAUACUUGCUGGAACGUUCAAGAUUAGUGUUCCAGCCACUGAAGGAACGCAAUUAUCACGUCUUCUACCAACUCGUCGCGGGAGCAUCAGAAAAAGAGCGUCAGGAACUCGAACUAGAGCCGGUCGAGAAUUUCAACUAUCUCAAUCAAGGCAGCUCCCCUACCAUUGAUGGGGUUGACGAUAAGGCAGAAUUCGAAGCAUUGAAGAAAUCGCUCUCUACUAUUGGUGUUACUAGCAGUCAACAGUCAGAAGUCUUCAAAUUGCUCGCAGCUCUUCUCCACCUGGGAAAUGUCAACAUCACAGCAUCAAGGACGGACUCAGUUUUGGCUUCCACUGAACCGUCUCUUGUGAAGGCGGCCUCAAUACUCGGGGUGGAUCCUGUUGAAUUCGCCAAGUGGACUGUCAAGAAGCAGUUGAUUACAAGAGGGGAGAAAAUCACGUCAAAUUUGACUCAGCAACAGGCUAUUGUCGUCAGGGACUCUGUCGCCAAAUUCGUAUAUUCUAGUCUCUUCGACUGGCUGGUUGAGAAUAUCAAUGAUGCUCUGGCUACAGAAGCAGUGAUAAGCCGGGUCAAGUCCUUCAUUGGGGUUUUGGAUAUUUACGGGUUUGAGCAUUUUGCAAAGAACUCAUUCGAACAGUUUUGCAUCAACUAUGCAAAUGAAAAAUUGCAACAAGAAUUCAACGCACAUGUUUUCAAGUUGGAGCAAGAGGAGUACCUGAGAGAAGAAAUUGACUGGACUUUUAUUGACUUCUCCGACAAUCAGCCUUGUAUUGAUCUCAUCGAGGGAAAGCUUGGAAUAUUGUCCCUUCUGGAUGAAGAGUCCAGGCUCCCUAUGGGCUCUGACGAGCAGUUCGUCAACAAACUGCAUCACAACUAUGCCGCCGACAAAAACAAAUUCUACAAGAAGCCCCGUUUUGGAAAAUCUGCUUUCACAGUUUGCCAUUAUGCUAUCGACGUCACAUACGAGUCCGAUGGGUUCAUCGACAAGAAUCGAGAUACGGUUCCUGAUGAGCACAUGGCCGUACUGAGAGCUUCUUCUAACCAGUUCCUUGGACAGGUUUUGGAUGCGGCCUCUGCAGUGCGAGAAAAGGAUAGUGCCUCCGCUGCUUCGGCGGCUGUGAAGCCUGCAGCUGGUCGUAGAAUUGGUGUUGCCGUAAAUCGAAAACCGACACUAGGUGGGAUCUUCAAGUCGUCCUUGAUCGAACUCAUGCACACGAUCAACAAUACAGAUGUUCAUUACAUUCGAUGUAUCAAGCCCAACGAGAGCAAGGAAUCCUGGGUCUUUGAAGGUCCCAUGGUUCUCAGUCAAUUGCGAGCUUGCGGUGUUCUCGAAACGGUAAGAAUUAGUUGUGCAGGGUACCCAACAAGAUGGACUUAUGAAGAAUUUGCGCUUCGAUACUACAUGCUUGUCCCGUCGGUUUCGUGGACAUCAGAAAUCAGGGACAUGGCGAACAAAAUUCUUACGAAAGCCCUCGGAGCAAGCAGCGGGGGUGGAAUGGACAAGUAUCAGCUUGGCCUAACCAAGAUUUUCUUCCGUGCUGGUAUGCUGGCUUUUCUCGAGAACCUCCGGACAAACCGUUUGAAUGACUGCGCUAUCAUGAUCCAGAAGAAUUUGAAGGCGAAAUACUAUCGUCGCAAGUAUCUAGAGGCACGAAAUGCUAUCUUGCUCUUCCAGUCGGUCGCCAGAGCGCAUCUUGCUCGGAAGCACGCUCAAGAGACUCGCAAGAUUAAAGCUGCCACAACAAUCCAAAGGGUUUGGCGUGGACAGAAGCAAAGAAAGAGUUUCACUGCCAUCCGCAACAAUCUUAUCCUUGCUCAAGCUGCCGCAAAGGGUUUCUUACGACGACGGGAGAUUAUGGAGACUCGUGUUGGCAACGCUGCUAUUUUGAUCCAGAGAGUUUGGCGCUCAAGACAACAAAUGAAGAGCUGGAGACAGUACAGACGCAAAGUCGUCAUCAUCCAGAGCUUGUGGCGUGGUAAGCAAGCACGCCGAGGAUACAAGAAGGUCCGGGAAGAGGCACGCGAUCUGAAGCAAAUCUCCUAUAAGUUGGAGAACAAGGUUGUGGAGCUCACACAAUCCCUUGGCUCAAUGAAGAGAGAAAAUAAGACUUUGAUAAGUCAAGUGGAGAAUUACGAGAGCCAGAUCAAGUCCUGGAAAACAAGACACAAUGCGUUGGAAGCUCGCUCCAAAGAAUUGCAAAGCGAGGCAAAUCAGGCCGGUAUCACUGCAGCCCGCCUCGCAGCAAUGGAAGAAGAGAUGAAGAAGUUGCAAACAAACUUCGACGAGUCGGCUGCGAACAUCAAACGGCUGCAAGAGGAGGAGAAGGAGCUCCGUGAGACUCUUAGAAUAUCCAACCAAGAGCUUGAGGAAACGAAGAGAAAGAGUCAAGUUCACGAGGCUGAGAAGGAUACCUUGAGACAACAACUGGUGGAUCUCCAAGACCAGCUCGAGCUAGCGAAGCGAGUGGUACCAGUCAUGCCGACCAACGGUGAACUUACCAAUGGUGCCGCCGCGCAGCUGCCGUCGAACGGUCUCAUCAACCUCGUUUCGUCGAAGAAGCCAAAGAGACGCAGUGCAGGUGCCGAGCCACGGGAGAUCGAUCGAUUCAGCGCAGCAUAUAACCCUCGUCCUGUAUCUAUGGCGGUCACCGGAAGCAAUCUCCACCGUGCUGGUCUUCCAGGCACAACUUUCGUUCCAGGUGUUGACAAUGUUGAAUUCGAGCUCGAGAACCUCCUCGCUGACGAAGACGGCCUCAACGAUGAAGUGACGAUGGGCUUGAUCCGCAACCUCAAGAUCCCGGCACCGGGAACUACACCUCCACCAACGGAUAAGGAAGUUUUGUUCCCCUCAUAUUUGAUCAACUUGGUCACUUCCGAGAUGUGGAACAACGGUUUCGUCAAAGAAUCAGAGAGAUUCCUUGCCAAUGUUAUGCAAUCAAUCCAACAAGAGGUCAUGCAACAUGACGGUGAUGAGGCUAUCAAUCCGGGUGCUUUCUGGCUCUCCAACGUCCACGAGAUGCUCUCUUUCGUCUUUCUUGCAGAAGACUGGUACGAGGCGCAAAAAACCGACAACUACGAGUAUGAUCGUCUUUUGGAAAUCGUAAAGCACGAUCUUGAGAGUUUGGAGUUCAAUAUUUACCACACCUGGAUGAAGGUCCUCAAGAAGAAGCUCCAAAAGAUGAUUAUCCCAGCCAUUAUCGAGUCACAAUCUCUACCUGGCUUUGUAACCAAUGAGAGCAACAGAUUUCUCGGCAAGCUCCUUCAAAGCAAUUCUGCGCCAGCUUUCAGCAUGGACAAUCUCCUGAGCUUGCUCAACAACGUAUUCAAGGCGAUGAAGGCUUAUUACCUAGAAGACUCUAUCAUCACCCAAACAAUUACGGAACUGCUUAGACUAGUUGGCGUCACUGCAUUCAACGACCUUUUAAUGCGAAGGAAUUUCCUCUCUUGGAAGCGUGGUCUUCAGAUCAACUACAACAUCACUCGAAUUGAGGAAUGGUGCAAGAGCCACGACAUGCCAGAAGGAACGCUCCAGCUAGAGCACCUGAUGCAAGCAACAAAGCUCUUGCAGCUCAAGAAAGCCACAUUAAAUGAUAUUGAAAUCAUUCAGGAUAUCUGCUGGAUGCUUUCACCCAACCAAAUCCAGAAGCUUCUCAACCAGUACCUUGUAGCUGAUUAUGAACAGCCUAUCAAUGGUGAAAUUAUGAAGGCCGUUGCCUCUCGUGUUACUGAGAAGAGCGACGUUCUUCUCCUCACUGCUGUUGACAUGGAUGACAGUGGACCAUACGAGAUUGCCGAACCCCGGGUGAUCACGGCGCUGGAGACAUACACUCCAUCAUGGCUCCAAACUCCACGACUCAAGCGUCUUGCAGAGAUUGUUUCUGCACAGGCUAUUGCGCAACAGGAGAAACUCGACUACCCACUCGACGAUACCAAUGAUCUCACCGACAGCGAGCUGAAUGGAUCAUAA